UCAAAAAUUCUAUUUUAAUAAUUGACGAAGGAUACAGAUUUAGUAAAUCCAAAGAAGCGCAAGGGCAACAGAGUAACAUCAACUUCAAAAAAUCAUCCUAAUUUUCAUUUCCCUUCUGCACUUCCUCACCCAUUUCAUCAAAUAAUAACACUUUCAAUUCUUUUUCUUCCAUAUUCCUCGAUACAAGGGGAAAAAGAUUUAAAAAAUAAAAUUAAAAUCACAUCACGUUCCAUUUCAAUUCGGAAUUCUCAUCGUCGCGACCGCGUAUCGAAAACUAGGGUUAGGGUUUUCAUUUUCAUCCCCAAAAAAGAAAGGUAUUUUCAAACAAAAGGUGAAGAAGAAGAAUCAAUUCUUUAUGAUUCUUUGUUCAAUCGAAAAGGAAACUUUGAUUUUGCUAUUAAUCUUGUUGGUGGUACAAUCCUCUGUGGCGUUAAACGGAAACAGCAUGAAGGUUCAUCCUGUUCCGAGAAAGCGCAACAUCACAAUCCAAUUCGGCACCAACGGCGGUAACACCGCUUCGGAGGCUCAAGCUCUGUUGGGAAUCUCUGGGAAGAAGCUACGGCGUCUCCCACACGUUUUCAGCCGCGUGUUGGAGCUUCCUUUUCGAUCAGACGCGGACGUGGCGGUGGAGGAGGCUCCUGACUGUUUCCGUUUCGUGGCGGAGACGGAGGGAAUCGGCGAGGUGAGGACUCAUACGGUGGAGAUCCAUCCCGGCGUGACGAAGAUCGUGGUGAGAGAUGGUGAAUCGUUGGAAUUAUCGCUUGAUCAGUUAGAGCUUGAUAUGUGGAGGUUCCGUUUGCCGGAUUCGACGAUGCCGGAGCUUGCUAGUGCGGUGUUUGUUGACGGGGAACUUAUAGUCACGGUGCCGAAGGGACAUGAUCUGCAAAAUGUUGAGGGUGGUGAUAGUGAUAGAGAUAUGGGUGGUAGACUUGUUCUUGUACAGUGAUUUUGAUGACGAUGAUGAUGGUGAAAAUUCUUUUGUUAACACCUUAAAAAAUGUGUCUUUAGUAUGUGGGUUAGAUUUCAGGUUGUUGUUGUUGGAUGUGAAAUUUGAUUGUUGCUUCAACAAAAAUGUUCUUCAAUAAUGGUUUAUAUUUAUAUGGCAAUGUCAUUUUUCACGGUUAGUUUUUUUGCUUGUUUCUAAUUGCAAGGUGUCAUUCCCUUUU